CCUGGCUUGCGAGACUUGGGCGUUCGUAUUCCGCACGGUUUUGUCUUCUUUGUCCUUUGAACAUACCAAAUGAAUACUGUACUACCAAAAUAAAACCGGAGUUUCCAGACAUCGCAAGAUGGGUACUUUACGUCAGAGUUACAAUUCUCCUCCUCGGAAUCCUCUCAUUAGAAAAGCCAUCCGUCACGUACAUUUCGAGGACGAAGCCCGUAGCCGCCCACGACAACAUAAACCUACGGAGAAGACUUAUCACCACGUUGAUGUUGAGAAGGAUGAUGCUCGUGGCCGCACGCGAUACCGGUAUCGCUCUCGUAGCCGAAGUCGAUCUCGAAACCGAUCUCGCGGACAAAGGACGCCGACACUUCACCGAUAUUAUUACGAUAAUGAGCAAAGAAGGUCAAGCGAUGAAUGGAAAUGUCGCCCGCUUUCUUACCGUUAUCCCAACAUGAAUCCCUACGAGAACGAAACACAAUGGGGCGAAGAUCGACGCCAUAAACAUAUGCGCUACCUAAGGGAUAUCAACGAAGCUCGAACGAAUGGGUACUGCUACCACCCCGUUCAUGAGUAUGGCUCGUCCCGCAGCUCUUACCACAACAAAUCCUGGACAAAGGAAAAUGCAUACGAUCACCUUCCUCGACGCACAACCUACACUCAGUAUGAUCAACAUUACGGAAGCUAUGAUAGACACUAUUCUCCCAAAGACGGUUUUUGCAAAUACGGUCCGUUUUUAUCAUCACGUCGCUCGUCGCCAUGGCCUAGUCCAAUGCGGCACGAGUCAUACUCGUGCAAAAGAGACCUCUACAAUCCGAAGUACGAGUAUCACAGGUACCAGAGCGAGCGCUCUCGAUCACGGUAUGAGACUACACCCAAUCGCUGCGAGUCAUCUCGUAGAUGCUACUUUCGACGCUCCAGCAAGUCACAAGUACCUGAGAUUUGCUCGACCAGACGUAGUUGGCGCUCGGUGCAUGAUCGCUCGAUCGAUCGGAUGACUGAAGGUGACGAUUCUGGAGGAUUUCACAUACAUAUACGGCAUCGGCGGUGGAUGUAGUUUGAAUCGAUACUACUAGAAAAGGCUAGUGUGGAGUGUCAUGAGUUAUUUGUUCUGUAAAAGCUUCUUUGUCAUCAUGCAGUGUAGCGUUUUGAAACUUGGCCAGUCUCGAGGUGUGAGUGUUAAACAUUAACAGAAUGAAAUAGACGGACUGAUAGUAGAAACUAUCUGGCCGAGCAAACGCUGGCCUUGCAUAACCAUCCAAUGUGCACAAGAGAUUGGAAG